CUGUCAAAUAAAAAUUGCGAUUUGCAAUGUCCGCUGUUCUUGCAAUAUGCAUCGCUUUUUUGAGAUAAAAUGGCCAAUAUUUUAGAGGAAAAACUCCGCGAAGCAUCAUGUGUCGGUGAUCUCGAAGCUGUCGAAACGCUCCUGUCCCAAAACGUGGACGUGAACUCCCAAAACCCUGUGAACGGCUGGACGGCAUUGCACUGGGCCUGCAAAAGGGGCAACGAACGAAUCGUGAACGUGUUGCUGCGUAAUGGGGCCGAUAAAAGCCUGAGGAAUUUCAACAACGAGACCUGCACUGAUAUUUGUACUUAUAGGAACAUUAACGAACUACUAGGUGGUCGAAGUACUACUCCAAAGAUUGGGGACCCGGCAGCAUAUAAGUUUGUACCGAAUUACCUUAGAAAUGCCCCGUUGAAUGCUCAGGUUGAUGUGGCACCGGUUAAAAUUAAACAGAGCGAGUUUUUUGGUAUGCAAAGGACGGUUUUACCUACGGCAUCUAACGAAGAAUUGGUUCUAAAAGUGAGAAUUCAGGGUUCUCCCGACCCAGAUUUUAUUGAAAUUGAAAUUCCCAAGUGGAAACUAACCUACGAAACCCUUCUGAAGACCUGCUGCGAAGAAUUGUACAUUUCUGAGGCUCAAGUGGAACGAAUCAGAAAACUACCCGAUACCAGACUGAGAAAAGAUAAUGAUGUGCGAAGAUUAACCGAUUUCCAAGCCCUAGAAGUCGUACUGCGUGACGUCGGUACUGAAAAAAGUACAAAUUGCUAUCAGAGCAUCAGUAGUUGCAAAAACCAAACCAUUUUGUACUAAAUUUAAUGUAAUAAACGAUUUUUUCGUGCUUA